AUGUCUUCAAAUUCAAUCCUUGAUAGUUACCAAUGCAAUCAAUGCAAAGAGCGCCACACCAAUUUAAAAAAAGCCAAGAGUUGUAGAGCUCAAUGCUUUAAGAACUGUCAUAGAAGACAUAAUGAUAUCCAGACUUCACAGACCACGCCUGUUCCUGGACAAGUCAGUGCUGUUUUGAACACUGUCUCGAACGACACUAUCGACAGAGAACGUGCUGAUGCAAUCGAAGAUCAGAUCAUGGAUACACUCAACAGCAAAGAUAACGAUGAUCCAAUUAUGAAUAUCUUCAGUAAUGAUGACAAUGAUGAGUCUAUGUAUGAUGCGGAACUUGGCAACUACAUGGAUAUCAUUGAAAACGAAAUAUCUCCUUUGGUUUUUGACUUCAGUCAGCCUGCACCUACCCCUGACAAAGACGAUGCAAAGAACCUUGAGUUUCUCAAGAUCAUUAAGGAUUUUGGUAUCUCCCGCAAUGCCUAUGAAAUGAUAGUCAAGCAUUUCAACAGCAUUUUGGAAACGUCAACUUGUAUUACAUACAGAGCAUGUACCCCCCAUCUUGGCAAAAAGCUUUUGAAGCGUUUCUCGGGUGUUGAAGAGACAGUCCAUGAUAUCUGUCAGAGGGGAUGUAUGCUCUUUACCAGUCCAUCCCAGACUGAGUGCUCCAACUGUGGACAAAGCCGAACUUUGCCCAGCACCAAUAUCCGUACGCUGGAAAGUUUCCAGAAUUUUUCCCAGGCCAGUGCAUCCAGCCGCAAAGGGUUAAACGGACAAUCCCCCCUGGCAACAUUGAAGGUAUUCUCUGGACCAUUGUUUUUUGCCCUCGAUGAGAUGCAUGAACUUUGCCAUGGAAUAAGCAAGCAGAUCUGGGGUUUGGUUUCUGGUACCUACGGAACAGACCAUUGUUUUGUUCUUUCUUCCGGUGUUCAGAAGGAGAUCGGUACAGCAAUGUACAAAACAAGAAAUACCAUCCCUACAUCCUUCCAUGGCGAUUGGAGGGAUGUAUACAAGAACCCCGGGUCGUUCAAGGCCAUCGAUUGGGCAGACUUUCUUCUGUUCGUCGUCCCUACGCUGGUGGCAGAGCGUAUUGGAGAUGCAACUGCCCGGAACGCGUUACUUGGCUUGGUUCAAGCAUGUAACCUACUCAUGAGCUGGAAGUUAUCAGCAGAGGAACAAACCUCUAUCAAAAGUAAACUUGAAAUAUGGAACAUGUACCUGGAAUCGCUGCUUACAAGUGGAAAAAUCAAAAUCAAUAUUUUCACUAUAAACCAGCAUCUUCUUCAGCACUAUCCUCUCAUGAUUGACGCAUACGGCCCACCUCGUGCAUAUAGCGCCAGAUCCGUGGAACGGGCAAUCGGUGAAUACUCAAGGGCUAUCAAGAGUAAUUCUGCUAUAAAUGUUAACACUGGCAAUAUCAUGCUUGGCUUAGCACAAAUACGACAAGCAGAGGCCGGAGCCACUGUCAUGAUUACAGAAGCAAGAACAGCACGACACUUACAAUAUGAAGAUUCCACUGCUGGUUGGCCGUUGACAGAUGAGGGUGAGCGUGUUGGUGCUGGGUCUGAUAUUGAGUUCUGGGGGCCUUUGAGGAAUAGAACGAUCCGAGAUAGUUUUGAAGGCAUUUCUUGUCUUUCGAAACUUCUUGAAGACUUCUACGAAUCAAAGGGGGAAGAGUGUAGUAUGAUUGAAGCAGCUAUACAAACUAGCCGCAAGGCAUUUGUCAAUGGUUGUGUGAUUGACUCUGCACUCGACCAAAAUUGUGUAAGGGAGGCACAUAACAUCAGAUUACAGAUUCAGGUUGAUGAAAACUGCAACAUAAAUUCUGCAUACUCCCCAGUUUACAAGGAUUUCUUCGGAAAAGUUGUUGUCUUCUUUGAGCACAAGCUCAACAAGAAGAGGUGGCCGCUUGCUCUUGUAGAGAUUGCGGCAGUCCGUUUGGUAAAUGGUAUACCAGUUGUUAACAAUGGGCAAAUGAAGCCAAAGGUAGUUCACCUGGCAGAUGUCAAAGAAUUGGUUGGUUUGGUGAAGUCGGACGCGACUAUAAAUACAACAACAACAACAACAACAUACAUAGUGUGGCCAGAGCUUAACUGCGGCCCAAAAUUGUUACUUGGUUCUCUUGCAGACCUAUAA